CAAGAAACGAGCUCAAUGUUAUCAAAUACAAGCUGAUUACGAAGACAUUGGAAACCAGCCGUAACUAGUCAGGAACUGUUAGUUAGUUUCAAGACAUAAGAGUUAGGAAGUAAAUUGAUUUACACUCGCUCGUCACAUAGGUGUUGGAAGACAUUGGAUAUUCAACAGUAGUGGUUGAUUUGAGCUUAGUCGGAUGACGGAGUUCUGGAUAAUAUCUGUACCUGGGGAGCGGGAUCCAAAUCAGGUGUAUCAGCGUCUUCAAACCACAUUGUCUAAAUAUAAGGAUAUCUGCUCGCAGAUCAACAAAUUCAAUAUUCCUCCUGACUUCAAGGUGGGAACGCUGGAUAUUCUCGUGGGUCUUUCUGAUGAGCUGUCAAAAUUAGAUGUGUAUGCUGAGAGUAUUACCAAGAAAGUUGCCCAGUACAUGAGCGAUGUACUCGAAGAACAAAAACACAAGUUGGAAGACAACUUGACGGUAAAUGGACUUUCUCCUGCCGCGUUCCUCGCCAAAUUCCAGUGGGAUUAUGCUAAAUAUCCAGUCAAACAAACGUUAAGUUCACUAUAUGCUAUUAUUUCAGAGCAACUUACUAAAAUAGAUUCGGAUUUAAAAGCAAAGUCUCAGUCAUAUAAUACCUUAAAAGGUUGUCUUCAAAAUCUAGAACGAAAGCAGACGGGUAGUCUCUUAACACGCGAGCUUGGAGAUAUUGUGAAGCGAGAACAAUUUAUUGUUGAUUCGGAAUACCUAACUACUCUAGUUGUUGUUGUUCCAAAGAAUAUGUAUAAUGAUUGGAAAUCUAAUUAUGAAAGAAUGACAGAUAUGGUCGUUCCUAAGUCGUCUGAACUUAUUUUUGAAGAUCAAGAUAAUGGCCUGUGGACUGUUACGCUCUUCAAAAAAAUGACGGAUGAUUUUAAAACUCAGGCUCGUGAAUUUAGGUUUGUUGUACGUGAUUUUACUUAUGAUGAGAAGAAAAUCGAGGAAAGUAGAAAUGAGCUGUCGAAACUUGAGUCCGAUAAGAAAAGACAGUUUGCACCUCUGUUUCGUUGGUUGAAAGUUAAUUUUGGUGAGGCUUUUUCUGCUAUGGUUCAUAUUAAAGCCCUCCGGGUAUUUGUUGAGUCAGUUUUAAGAUAUGGAUUACCGGUUGAUUUUCAAGCGAUACUCCUUGAGCCAAACAAAAAGCAGCAAAAGAAAUUAAGAGAUAUACUAAAACAACUUUACAACCAUCUGGAUGGGUCGUCUUCAAGCUCCGUCUUAGAUGAAGAUAUGAAUGUUGGAAGUUUCGGGGCUUCAUCGGACUAUUUUCCUUAUGUUUCAUUCAAAGUUGAGCUAAAUAUGAUAGAUGUGCGUUGAUGGUCAGGGAUAAACUAGUUCCGCAGCUCAUUCCAUUGUAUUGAUGUGAUAAUGCAAUCAAUAAAAUGAAAAAAAGCAUAAUAUACUUUAGAAUUUUCUCUUUUUAGCAUUUCUGUCUUCUUAAUUUACUCUCUUUUUAUCUAUCCUUGUUAGUUGAUAUUUUCACAAACACUUGAUUUACUUGGCCGGCAUAUAUAUAUACACCUAAUAAUCUGUCUUAAUACAUUGGAAUAAAAAUCAUUUUAUUUUCAAAAUACCUUAAUUAUUGUUCUAUUUAAAUACAAUGUAUUAAAGCA